AUGGCAGUCAGCGAUCUCCUCUCGUCUGUGCCACAAGCUGUCCAGCUCGGCCUGGCUGGCAUUGGAACCCUCUAUGUCGCCAGUCACCUCCUGAGCUACGCUCGGCUGCUGCUCAACCUCUUCGUCCUCAGCGGCACCAACCUCCGCAAGUAUGGCAAGCCAGGUUCGUGGGCUGUUGUGACCGGAGCAUCCGAUGGGCUGGGCAAGGAAUACGCAAAACAGCUCGCCUCCAAGGGAUUCAACCUGGUUCUGGUGUCGCGCACCCAGUCCAAGCUCGAGGCAUUGGCCUCUGAGAUCGAGAGCUCCAGCAAACAGGGCGUGCAGACCAAAGUGCUCGCCAUGGACUACUCGAGAGAUGAUUCGUCCGACUACGACCGCCUGUCCGAGCUCGUUCAGGGCCUUGACGUCGCCAUCCUCAUCAACAAUGUGGGCCAGAGCCACGCGAUCCCAGUCCCUUUUGUCGAGACGGACAAGAAAGAGUUGCAGGACAUUGUUACCAUCAACUGCCUCGGAACAUUGAAGACAACGCAGAUCAUCGCCCCAGGCAUGGUACAGCGGAAGCGUGGGCUGAUCCUGACGAUGGGCUCUUUUGGCGGGUGGAUGCCCAUCCCGUACCUCGCGACCUACAGUGGUAGCAAGGCCUUCCUUCAGCACUGGAGUAGCGCCUUGGCCGGGGAGCUCAAGGAGAGCAACGUCGAUGUCUACUUGGUUCUGUCCUACCUCGUGGUGUCGGCCAUGAGCAAGAUCAAGCGCCCGUCCGCCAUGAUCCCCACUCCCCGACCCUUCGUGCAGGCCACGCUUGGCAAGAUUGGGCUGGGAGGCACUCAGAAUAUCGCGUACACCUACACGCCUUGGUGGAGCCAUGCAAUCAUGCAGUGGUGGGUCGAGAAGGCCCUUGGCUUCGGCAGCCAGCUUGGAAUUGGCUUCAACCUGAAGGCUCACAAAGACAUCCGCGUCAGGGCUCUCCGCAAGGCAGCACGGGAAGCAAAGAAGGAGUAG